UUGGAUCGCCUUACGACAGAAGCCGUGUUCUGACGCAACGUGGAGUUGUUUACAUCGCUGUCAGCCCUCUCUGGUUAGAAACACAUGUAACUCUGCAAACCAGCAUCCACCCGUCGGAAUCUGAACUGUGUUGCCUAAAGGAAGAAAUGGGGAAGCCAAAGAAGAAGAGUGAUCUGAGCCGAGCUGAGCUGAUGAUGAUGACAAUUGCUGAUGUCAUCAAACAGCUGGUUGAAGCCCAUGAAGAGGGCAAAGACAUCAAUCUGAACAAGGUGAAGACUAAGACUUCAGCUAAAUAUGGACUUGAAGCCCAGCCCCGAUUGGUGGACAUCAUCGCCGCCGUUCCACAACACUACCGUCGGGCUCUGGUGCCCAAACUAAAGGCCAAACCCAUCCGCACUGCCAGCGGGAUUGCGGUGGUGGCCGUGAUGUGCAAACCACAUCGGUGUCCACACAUCGCCUUCACAGGCAACAUCUGUGUGUACUGUCCUGGUGGACCAGACUCCGACUUUGAGUACUCCACACAGUCUUACACUGGCUAUGAGCCAACGUCCAUGAGAGCAAUCCGAGCACGUUACGACCCCUUCCUUCAGACCAGACAUCGGGUGGAGCAGCUGAAGCAGCUGGGUCACAGCGUGGACAAGGUGGAGUUCAUUGUGAUGGGCGGGACCUUCAUGGCCCUGGCUGAGGAGUACAGAGACUUCUUCAUCAGGAACCUGCACGACGCCUUGUCGGGACACACCUCCAACAACGUGGCAGAGGCCGUCAGGUACUCGGAGCGCAGUAACACCAAGUGUGUAGGAAUCACCAUCGAGACGCGGCCCGACUACUGCCUGAAGCGACACCUCAGUGACAUGCUGGGCUACGGCUGCACCCGGCUGGAGAUAGGAGUCCAGAGUGUGUACGAAGAUGUCGCCCGAGACACCAACAGAGGCCACACGGUGCGAGCCGUAUGUGAAUCUUUCCAACUUUCAAAGGACGCCGGCUUCAAAGUAGUCGCCCACAUGAUGCCGGAUCUGCCAAAUGUGGGCAUGGAGAGGGACGUGGAGCAGUUUAUAGAGUUUUUUGAGAAUCCAGCGUUCAGGCCCGAUGGUUUGAAGCUGUACCCGACGCUGGUGAUCCGAGGUACGGGUCUGUACGAGCUGUGGAAGACGGGCCGGUACAAGAGCUACACGCCCAGCGCCCUGGUGGACCUGGUGGCCCGGAUCCUGGCGCUGGUGCCGCCCUGGACGCGAGUCUACCGCGUGCAGAGGGACAUCCCCAUGCCGCUGGUGAGCUCCGGAGUGGAGCACGGCAACCUGAGAGAGUUGGCACUGGCCAGGAUGAAAGACAUGGGCACUGAGUGUCGAGACGUGAGGACGCGAGAAGUGGGCAUUCAGGAGAUUCACCACAAAGUGCGACCGUAUCAGGUUGAGCUGGUGCGGAGGGACUACGUGGCCAACGGCGGCUGGGAGACCUUCCUCUCGUACGAGGACCCGGAGCAGGACAUCCUGAUCGGCCUGCUGCGCCUGCGCCGCUGCUCCCCGCAGUCCUUCCGCGCGGAGCUGAAAGGGGGCGUGUCCAUCGUGCGCGAGCUGCACGUCUAUGGCAGCGUCGUCCCCGUCAGCAGCCGAGACCCCAGCAAGUUCCAGCAUCAGGGUUUUGGCAUGAUGCUGAUGGAGGAGGCGGAGAGGAUUUCCAGAGAUGAACACGGGUCGAGCAAAUUGGCCGUUAUCUCAGGUGUAGGAACCAGGAACUACUACAGGAAGAUGGGCUAUGAGUUGGAGGGUCCGUAUAUGGUGAAGGACCUCUACGGACCCGGAACGGACUGAACCUGGACUAUGUUUUUAUCUGGACACGCGCACAUUAUUGUUUUAUUUAUUACGACAAUAUUGUCGGGACAUGAUUACUGCUGUUUAGUCUUCAGUAUGUUUUCUUAGCAUUAGGGGGAGAUAAUGGCUGUUUUUUAUCUGGUACACACCAGGAAAUGCUGUUGCAUCUUCUCCGCUUUAUUUAGAUAAGGAAGACGGCGUGAGAGGGUGCGAGGAAUAAAAGCAAAGUCAUUUGGGGAUGAGGCCAGAACAUCUUGUUGACAAGUUCAAUUUGAGAUGCAAACAUUUUUUUAUCGCUAAGGGAAAAGAUAGAUCAAAUUUUAGUCUGCUCCUUUCCAUAAACUGGUCCUAAAGAAAACACAAACAAUAGCAUGUCUUUUUAGCUUUCCACAUUGAAACAAAUGGGUACCACCAGUGACCUGUCAGUGUACUCGGUUUCAGCAAGAAGUAAUAAUUCAGUUUGGCAAGAAAUGAGAACAAUCCUGCUGAGACAUUUUAAAUUUUAAUGUUACAUGUACGGAAGCCCUGAAAGGCAAGCAAGACUUUUUUUUUUUUCUGGUGAACCAUUUUCUAAAUAUUUUUUUUCUGUGACAAAGGUGGAAUUUUUGCUUUUCAGGCCGAUUUUGCUAAGUUACCUUUUUUUCUUUUCUUUGCCUCAUAGUGAAAACCGGUGGAAGAACAUUAAUUGACAUGACAGUAAUGUAACUUGCUAAGAGACAAUAUAGACCAGUUCACAGUUAUAAACGGUUACAUUCCAAAUUUCCCCAGUUUAUUUCCUGUUACAGCGUAUGUGAACUACAAACAAAAAGACAGGAAGUACACAUCGACCCAAACUGGUGCCUAGCAAUGCAAUGCCGUUGAAAUGGUCUAUACGUACCGAAUGCAUGGAGAAAUUCAAUUUCACCUAGAAGAAAACCUGAAUGCUUAGUCCGAUUUAAAACAUGGGGUAUUGGUGCACUCUGUUUGGUCAAAAUAAAUAUCACAACAACAAGACUUAUUAAAAAAAUUAAAAUAAUUAAAUAAAUUAAAAAAAUAAUAAUAAAUCAGCCUAAAUUUUUUUUUUUCCCGUUUCCACACAGAAGCAAAAAAGUAACCUAGAAAAAUCAGCCUAAUUUUCUUUUUUUUUUUACCUGUUUUAAUACAGAGGCAAAAAAAAAUAAACCUCCGCCUGAAUUGUUUUUCCUCCUGUUUCACAGAAAAAAAAGGAACUUAGAAAGAUUAUCCUGGCAAAACAUUUUUCACCUAUUCUUAAGUCAUACACACAGGAGAGAAAUAAUUUAGAUCAGACUUAGAAAAUGGAUCACCACAAAAAAGAAAUCUCGCUUGCCUUUCAGGGCUUCCGUAUACAUGUGUCUGGUUAAGAAAAAUCUGAAUGUCUGGGUAUCUCUUAAAUAGUUCCUGUGUCUUUCGUCUCGGAUUUAAAAACCUGUUUGCCAUCACGGUUCGAGUUAAUCAUGUUUAUGUCGCAAUUAAAUAGAAAACCCAUUACGAGUCGAGCGUUCAUUACUGGUUGGCAGUGGAUGAAUGAACCGCGGGAAGUAGUCCUCGCCGGGCAGCCGUUGUGUAAUCGCACAAUUUUGAUUUAUAAGGCCGGAAAUUGAAUAUUAGUGUUACAUAAAUGGCUUUUUAAAGCCUCACAGUUAAUCCUAUUACUUAUUUUUCUGUCAUGCAUUCUUGGGCUUUAUGUAUUUUGGUAAAUUCCAGAUGUUGAUCACUUUCUUUUUUUCCCUCAAGGAAUAAAGUAUAUUUCAGUUAC